AUGUCGGCAACUCUGGAAGCAACUAGGCCUGCGGGUCAAAAGAAGACCUUUGGCAAGUCGACGAGAGAGGUUCCCCAUCACACCCAAAAGGCGAAGAAGUGGUACCCUGCAGAGGAUGAGGUUCAACCAAAGAAGGUUCGCAAAUCCAUCCGCGUCUCCACUCCUCGUCCAUCUCUCACUCCCGGUACCAUCCUCAUCCUCCUUGCUGGUCGUUUCCGUGGCAAGCGCGUCAUCCUCCUGAAGAACCUCUCACAAGGCGUGCUUCUCGUUACCGGUCCCUUCAAGGUUAACGGUGUUCCUCUGCGAAGAGUCAACGCGCGUUAUGUUAUCGCCACUUCCCAAAAGGUCGAUUUGUCUGGCAUUGACUCGAAGAAGGUCGAUGAGGUUGCUGGUGACAAGUACUUUGCGAGAGAGAAGGGUGACAAAAAGAAGGGAGAGGAGCAAUUCUUCAAGCAAGGAGAGAAGGCAGAGCCCUCGAGCAGCCGUGCCGCAGACCAGAAGGCCGUAGACAAGGCUCUCCUGUCAACGAUCAAGAAGGAGCCAUUACUCAUCAGCUACCUGGCCAGUUCCUUCAGCUUGCGAAAGGGCGAUCGGCCACACGAGAUGGUCUGGUAA